CAUAGAAUCCGGAAGAAGCGCUAACCUUGACAAGCUAGGAAAACACAUGGGCUCAGGCUUACGAAAACAGUUAAAAAUUGGUUGAUUCCUGCCAGUUCGAGUGAAAAUAUUUAACGGGAAUAGUCCGAGAUCUUCAAUGAAUUUUUCAUAAUGUGAUGCCGUUUUUCCAGUGAACCAUUUAAAACGAAAAUCUGUCAGGGUUUUGAUAGAUUAAAUGUAUGACUAACGUUAGCACUUCUCUCGGCUCGCUGGAUUAAGUAUCGUUUGGUGGUCUGCAUGUGGACGUAAACUAGUGUGCAACGAUGAGGUUACCGUUUCUGUUUGUCACAAGAGCCCGUGGAAGUGUUCUCAGACUCCAGCUAAGACAGUUUCUAUCACCAGAUCCAGCUCUAUGGAAACCUCAGAGCAGCACUGCUUUGAGAUUCACCAGUACUCAGCUGAGCAAAGAGGACAUGAGCUUCUAUAUAACCACCCCCAUCUUCUAUGUCAACGCUUCUCCUCACCUAGGACAUCUGUACUCAGCUGUGAUAGCUGACUGCUUACACAGGUAUAAAGUACUCCAGGGAUUCAACUCAAAGUUUGCAACAGGCACUGAUGAACAUGGCCUGAAAAUCCAACAAGCUGCCGAAGCUGCAGGAAAAGAUCCUCUGACCUUCUGCACUGAUGUGUCAGCGCGAUUCAAACAUCUCUUCAGCAGCUGCAGCAUAUCGUACACUGACUACAUCAGAACCACUCAGCAGAGGCACCGUCAGGCCGUGGAGCAUUUCUGGUCGGUGCUCCAGAAUAAAGGGCUCAUCUACAAGGGUAGUUAUGAGGGCUGGUACUCCACACAGGAUGAAAGCUUCCUCACGCCGUCGCAGGUCAGUGAUGCUCUGGACUCAUCGGGGAAGGAGAUCAAAGUGUCGCUGGAGAGUGGACACAAGGUGGAGUGGAUGAAAGAGGAAAACUACAUGUUUCGUCUGUCUGCGUUUCGGACUCAGCUGCUUGACUGGCUCAGAGGAAAUCCCCGGGCUGUGCAGCCUGAGCGUUUCCACCAGGCUGUUCUCCAGUGGCUGCAGGAAGACCUACCUGACCUCUCAGUGUCCCGUCAGAGAAGUCGUCUUCAGUGGGGCAUCCAAGUCCCGGGAGAUGCUGAGCAAACCAUCUAUGUGUGGCUCGAUGCCCUUGUGAACUAUCUCACAGUAGCUGGCUAUCCAGAUAAACACGACCGAUGGUGGCACGUGGCCCACCACGUUAUAGGAAAGGACAUCUUAAAAUUUCAUGCCAUCUACUGGCCGGCUUUUCUUCUAGGAGCCGGACUGCCGCUGCCUCAGGUGGUACAUGUGCACUCUCACUGGACAGUCGAAGGAAGAAAGAUGUCUAAAAGUUUAGGUAAUGUAGUAGAUCCUCUUGAACGCUCACAGAUGUUCACAACUGAUGGUAUGAGGUAUUUUCUCCUACGUCAGGGUGUCCCGGACUCAGACUGCGAUUACACAGACGACAAAGUUAUCAAGGUGCUCAAUGCAGAGCUCACUGACUCUCUGGGUGGUCUGCUCAACCGCUGCACAGCUCCAGCUCUCAACCCGGCUCAGAUCUAUCCUUCCUUCUGCCCGCAGUCCUUCCCCAGAGAACAGGGAGGCAGAGCUGUGGUUGAAGACUACCACAUGCUGGAUGCUGUUAAAGGUCUACCGGCUGUGGUAGAGGUGCACUAUGAGAGUCUGGAUGUGUACAAAGCUCUGGAGGCCAUCAGUGCCUGCGUGAGGCAGACCAACGGCUUUGUUCAGCGCCACACACCUUGGAAGCUGGACAUGAGGGACAGCAAAGACCAGCGCUGGCUAGACACAAUCAUCCAUGUCUCACUUGAAUGUCUGAGGAUUUAUGGCACACUCCUCCAGCCAAUAGUGCCAGAAAUUUCUGACCGGCUGCUGUCCAGACUCAGUGUGCAACCCAGUGAGAGGAGCUGGGCAGCUCUGAACUUCCUACCGAGAUACGGGGGAAUGGACUGUCCUUUUGAAGGGAGAGCACUAGGAUCGGACUCUGGAGUGCUUUUUAGUCGCUUGGAAAGUCAAAAAGGAGAUAAACAAAAACCUAAGAAAGCAAAAAGGUCAGCAAAUUUGAAAUAAGGUGUUUGCACGUUGAGGUGUACAGUCGAGAGCUGAAGAACAUGGAAUAAAAAGUCCUAUCAGGGUUACUUUGACAGAUGUUGCCAUAUUAGUCAUGAAUUUAGUAGGAAUGGUCUUUUUUUCCUGACCAAAAAUAAAUAACAUGGUUUUUGCCGCAGUCUGGGCCAAAACAAGCGUGUUCCUGCAGAUGAUUGUUAGCAUGGGGCAUCUGUUGCACCACAAUGCUUUCAUUUAAAUGGUAUGUUGUGACAAAUUUUACUGUUGUCCCAAAAAAAAAUUGCGGUUUCUGUGGUUUGGAUAUUCCAUUUGGCCAUGUUGUGAUUCCAAUCAAUUAUGUUGCAGUUGGGUGUUCAGCUCUUACACCAACUCGGCUUUAGUCUGUUUUUUGGAAGCAGACAGAAAUAGCACAAGCGGACCUUCUAACCAUGACUCUGUCCCACAUGUACUUCAGCAAACAUUACUCCCACAUAUAAAAGGAAUUUGGUGUCUAUUAAACAUGUACUUCAUCUACAAUGGCAUGCCAAACUGUCUGCUGUGCAAACUACUUAUUCCAAGUACAGCUUUGUGACGUAUUAACCUGAAUCAAAGUCAAACUAGAACAAGUGAAAACACCUGUACGGGCCUUAAAAUGUUGCUGUUGAUUUUGUGACCUUUUCACUGAAUUUAUUGAAGGGGAAUUUAAUUUUUCCCCACAUACUUACGUUACAUAAAGACUUCAGCAGAGUCUGAAAUGCCAAAAAUUUGUAGCUAUAAUUUCCCUUUCAACACCAUAUGGGUAUUAAUAAGCUGGAUUUUAAAGCAUCAUUCAAUGGCCACUGUUAUUGUCACUUACCAGGAAUUAUCCCACACCGAGGACACACACUUUGACAUUUACAGCAGGUCUUCUUCUCUUUCUGAUGUUGUGGUAGGAGAAUCCCAGCUGUGAAUAAUAGAAGUAAUGAUGCCUGAAUUCCAUUUAACUGCUGGUUGCUGGGAACUGGCUCUUCUACAUAUUACAAGGACCCUUGAACAGAGCGAUCCUGACAUUUGCAACACCUGUGCUUUUUCUGAGUCUGUGAAAAGUGCCAGACAUUUUUUUAGUCAGUCAGUAAUGACACCGCCCUGCUAAAUUGAGUCAUCCACUUAAAUUAUAACUGUAAAAGUUGUUCCAACCUCUGUUAUAAGCUCAUCUACAGCUACACAUCAUGUUGGGAUUGUUAGACAGUCACAGCCAACAUAAUAGAAAUUCUCCCUAUCGAUGCCGUUGUUCCCCGGAACGGAAGAAAGAACAAAGCUUUCGCUAACAGGCAGCCAACGCAAAGUACAAGACAUAAAAACUGACAUGAUUUUUUAAUGAGAAAUACACGAAACUGAAAAAAUUGUACAAAUUGAAAUAAAAUAAAAAAUUGCAUUAUUCUUAUAA